UGCCGUUCAAACAGGAGGCAUGGGACUGUGGAGUCAUCGAGGGGGGGAAACUCUUCUCUACGACUCACCACAACACUUCAAACCAAAGGGAGGAAGUCAUUUCUAACUGAAGAUGUUUAAUGGAGCCUAUAAUUCUAAUUUCUACUCAGUAAAGGACCGGAAGAGAGACAAUUUAAAUGACAACUGAAGUUAUCCGUGCUUUUUUGAUACCUAGGGCAAAGUGCCACACCUUCGCUUAGCGCAACAGCUCCACGACAUCAGCUGGCCAAAUGGGGUGCCAAUGCUGCAGGAUGAUAAAAAGCUACAUCUACGACCCUUCUGUGGCAGUAGAUGUGAGGAAGACUGACUCUGCAGGCAGCUCGCUCUACCAGCCCCACUACCUCCCAGGCGGGGCUCCCAGCAGCGACCCGCUCGACAGCCACAACAAGCAGAAGCAGGGCUUCCACAACCUGGGCUACAGCAAGUCCAGUGACAGCACCCUCAAACUAGAGGAGGACAACAACCAUGUCAACUACAGGUUGCACUCUGCACCUUCAUUUGCGAAGGAACAGCACCAGCAGGUCAAUGCUCCACCUGCAGAGGGAGGGCUAUACAUCAUCCAGCCAGAAGCUCUGGGGCCGCGAUGGGUAAUGCAGGAUAAAAGCCAGAGCCAGGUGCCGGUUUACCCCAACAUACAAGAUUUUGACAAACAGCAAAGCUACGGCGAGCGAGGACACAGAGUGACAGAGAACGGGUGGGACAGCGCCAUCACUAAGUGCGCGAGCAGCAAUGAAAGCCUGUCAGCAGAUGAGAUAGACGAAGGCGUGGGAGGGACACCGGAGUACCCGUGCGACACCGGGGAUGAGGGGAGCGUCCUGUCAGUGGACAUCCACACCAGCAUCACCAGCCUGUCAUCAGUCGACACUAGAGACGACCACAGACUGCCAAAAACUCUGGAUGUUUCCACAGUCGAGAGCGGGAUCUCUGUGACAAAGAGCGAAGAUGAGGAGGAGGAGGAGGCAAGGAAUGAAGAGGAGGUGCAGAGUGUCACGGACUCAAUGGUGGCGGAGGCCCUCGCUGCUCUGGAGGCCGCCACUGCCGGGGAGGACUGUGAGUGACAUAUCGAGCUCUGUGCUUUGUCUCAUUUGUCUCUUAGUAACUCAGACUUCAACGCAGCUUGACAGAGCGUUCAAAACCACAACGAGACUUCACCGCAGUUCAGAAUGAAGGAAAACUCUGUUUACAAAACUACAGAUUUUAUUUCAACUCGAAGCCUUGGAUAUUUUUUCUAUGGUGGUCACACAGACAGAAAAGAAUGUCUGCCUUGUGAAGUAGGCAACAUUUCCAAAGCUGCAAGGUUUGCUUAAUGCCACAAAUGAAGAGACGUCAGUGUGUAGACUGUGAAUACUGCCUGCAGCCAUACCAGCCUGUUAGCCCUUUUGAAUAUAGUGUAUUUAACACUCCACAGUCCUUAAUAAGCCUGUGUGUGCUCAUUCACUGCUCAUGACAUGUCAGUACAACGCUACAUGUUGCUUUCAUCACAUUUUUAGCCUCAUUUUGGAACAUAGCUGUGCUAAAUGUUAGCAUUGCCUCAAUUAUUUACUUUCCUGCUUGCCAUAGCUUGCUGUCUCUUCAGGAAUGUUGCCCUUGUUUCAUCAAGCAGUAGAAAGAGGAAAGGUCAUUGCUUUAUUAUUAUUUUUUAUAUGCUACCCAUGUUUUUGUUUAUAUCCUGUCUUCUUUUAUUAUUUAUAAUAUCUUGACUCACAUCAUAUUUUGAUUUAUUGUGAGUAGAAACUGAAGAUUGUUGAAGACCUGAGCAGAGCGAGGAAGUGGUCUUUAUUUAUAACAUAUCCGCUGUGUGUGUGUCGGCACCGAUUUCAUCAAAAUGAAGAAGAAUUAAUAUUGUAUUCACAAAAUUUAGGACAUUUGUUUACACACUUUUUUGUGUCAUGUGCACACUCAAAUUUUUUAAUUUUGAAUCAAUGAUUCGUGUCAGUUAUGAAGAUUGUUUCUGUGCACAUCAUUACUGUUUGAGAAUUUUUGAUGAAUCAUUUGUCGUGAGUCGACAUUUGAAGAAGAGCUAUGCACAUUUAAGAUCCUGAACACGUUCCCCCAACAGUAAAAAAAAAUUAAAAGCCACAUGUACAUUUCACUGAUAGCUCCUUAGUUUCUGCAGUUUUCCAUCCUCAUCUGAUCUUUGAGCCUAACAAGACCAGCUAAGGUCAGAUCAUUAGUGAAUAAACAACUGAGAGGCCAUGA